AUGGGGUACCAGGUGGAGCGACUGGCCAUAGCCGCCCUGCUUGACGUCGCCGGGCCCAGCGUCUCGCACCAGCGCGGCAAACGGUGCCGAUCUGAGGACGGCACGGACGAGGAUUGGGAGUUUUUGUUGUCGUCUGAAUACCACGCCGAGGUGGAGGCUGAGGGGCGCGCGGCGACGUCCGUUGCCACGGCCACUGUCGAAGGCCGGGUGGAUGCCACUGCGCCACUGUCCCCGCACAUGGCCACCCUGCUGUUUGUGCUGCACCUGGUGUAUGAGGACUGCAAGCUGGACACGCUGAGCGCGGACGUCCUGCCGGACAUGGCGGCGGUGCUGCAGCAGCUGGCGCUGGAGCUGGGGUGGGCGCCAUACGCCGACCACUACUGGCGAGACUGGCCGGGCCAGUGUCAGGCCGGCGCCGACCUCGCCAGCCGCCUCAGCGUGCAGGGAGCCGCCGUCCCGGCCGCCUACCCGUAUCUGGUCGGCGUCAACGAGCUGUCGGUGCACAUGAUCAUGGUGUACGCGCUGCUGCGCGGUGAGCGGUCGGAGGGCCUGUCGCGGCUGCUGCGGACCGUACCCGGCCCGGCUGCGGGUCCCUCCGGCCUGGAGCAGACGCUCGAGCCCGAGUGCGCCGACGGCCAGCCGGCCGGCUCCGAGUCCGCCGACGACGGGGAACGGGGCUGGCAGCGGCCGGACGCUCACCAGCUAUCGGCCAGUCCGGCAGGCCGCCAGUGGAUCGACGCCGAGCUGGUGCGGCUGCGCUGGCCGGCUGACCACCGGCUGGAGGAGGCGCAGCAGCUGCUGCGGUCCAGUCGGCCCGUCUGCGUGGCGGCGCCGCCGCGGCCCGAGCUCUCCGACCACGAGCGGCAGGACGAGCAGAAGCGGCUGCUGUACGCGCUGUGCCAGCGCACCAUGGCGCUGCCGGCGGGCCGUGGCAUGCUAAGCCUGCACGCCGCCGCGCCGGUGGUGACGCAGCCGCUAGCCGUACCGCCGCUCUGCCUGACGGGCCGCGCCCCGCCGCGCGGCGCCACCGUCGACCUGGCCGACAUGGACCUGCCCGUCAACAUGAAUGUGUGGCCCCACUUCCACAACGGCGUGGCGGCUGGGCUGCGCGUGGCCCCGGACGCCGCACAGAUCGACGCCGCCUGGAUCCUCUACAACCGGCCCAAGACGAGCGCGGAGAACCCGGUGGAGCACGCCGGCUUCCUGAUGGCGCUGGGCCUGAACGGUCACCUGGCCCACCUAGCUCGGCUCAACGUGCACGACUACCUGAUCAAGGGCAACGAGAUGACCUCCGUGGGCGUGUUGCUCGGCCUGGCCGCCUGCAAGCGAGGCACCAUGGACGUCAACACGACCAAGCUGCUUAGCAUUCACGUGGAGUCGCUGCUGCCGCCCACCAGCCGAGAGCUCGACAUAGCCCACUCCAUACAGGUGGCGGCCGUGCUGGGCGUGGGGCUGGUGUACCAGGGCUCCAACAACCGGCACAUGGCUGAGGUGCUGCUGCGCGAGAUGUCCCGGCCACCGGGGCCCGAGAUGGAGAACAGCUGCGACCGCGAGGCGUUCGCGCUGGCCGCUGGCCUCGGCCUUGGCCUGGUCACGCUUGAUGGCGGCGGUGACCAGCUGGGCCUCACCGCCAGUCUGCACCAGCUCAUCUUCGGAGGGAAUAAGCCCCCGCUCACCGGUCCGCAGAAGGAGAAGUACAAGACUCCCAGCUACCACAUCCGGGAGGGGGACACUGUCAACACCGACGUCACGGCCGCCGGCGCCACUCUGGCGCUGGGCCUCAUGUACAUGGGCUCCGCCAACAGAGCGGUGUCCGACUGGCUGCAGACGCCGGAGACGCUGUACCUGCUGGACCUGGUGCGGCCCGACCUGCUGCAGCUGCGCACGCUGAGCCGCGCGCUCGUCCUGUGGCACGAGGUGCGGCCUAGCCGCCAGUGGGUGGAGCAGCAGCUGCCGCCGCUGGUGCGGCCCGACCACCCGCCGCAGCCCGGCACCGACUGCCAGACGAUCCAGCAGGUGUACUGUCACGUGACCUCGGGUGCGUGCCUGGCGCUGGGCCUGCGGUACGCGGGCACGGCCGACCCGGACGCGUACCAGGUGCUGCUGCACUACACGCGCGCCUUCAUCGCGCACACGACAUCGGCCGUGGCCGAGGAGGCCGGCCGGCCCACCGUCGAGAACUGCCUCUGUGUGACGCUCACCGCACUGGCCAUGGUGAUGGCCGGCACGGGCGACCUGGAGGUGAUGCGCAUCUGCCGGUACCUGCGCUCGCGGGUCGGGCCGCACCACUCCACCGUCAACUACGGCAGCCACAUGGCGGUGCACAUGUCGCUGGGCCUGCUGUUCCUGGGCGGCGGCCGGCACACGCUCUGCAACAGCCGGCCGGCGGUGGCUGCGCUCAUCUGCGCCUUCUUCCCGCGGUACCCGCUGACCAGCUGCGACGGCAGGUACCACCUGCAGGCGUUCCGGCACCUGUACGUGCUGGCGGCCGAGCCGCGACUGCUCGUGCCGCGUGACCUCGCCUCUGGCCAGCUCACGUACUGCCGCCUGGUGGUGACGCUGCGCACCGCGGACUCGCCAACCGGCCACCAGGUGGCUAUGCAGGCGCCCUGCCUACUACCGCAGCUGGACACGGUGCUGGAGAUUCGCGUGGACGACGACCGUUUCUGGCCGUUCACCGUCACUUCAGGUGCCGGCGUCCAGCUCCUGGGUGAGCGGCUGCAGUCGGGCGGCCGUCUGAAUGUGAAGCGCAAGGCAGUGGGCGGGCUGCAUCAGCAGGAGCUGCGAGCCCAGCUGACGCAGACGCUCGGCGGACCGGGUCAGGCCAUCUGGUCCGCCCAGGCGGAGCUGCUGCUGAGCUCGGUUGGCUCCAGCCUGCUGGCGUACUUGACGGGUCGGUGGGCGGACGUUGGUCCUGACCAGCACCAGCUCUGCUCGUACCUGGGCUUCUUCAACGCGCCCGGGCGGGGCGAUCUCUCCCAGCUAUCUCAAGUCUAG